AACCCCGGCCCGACGAACCCGGCGAACGACGGCUCGUGGCCGGACCCGCCGCCGGAGAUGACGGCGACGCGGGGCUCAUCGCCCGCGGGGGCGCCGGCGCGGACGUAGAUGGUCUUGUCGGCGGCGUCGAAGGCCGUGUGGGGGUUGGUCAGGGCGAUGCUCUCGAGGGCGCGAUCGACGAGAUGGGUCGGGUCAUCGAUGAAGUGUUUGGCUGGGCGGGGGAUGGUCUCUGGUCAGAACUCGGAGAAAAAAAAGCCCUCACUCAUCAUCAUGUGCAGGCGAGGGCCGGGGAGAAUAAUCCAAACUCACACGCCAUCUCCCUUUCUGUUCCCUUCUUUCCCUUGUUUUUUGUCAAAAAGAAAAUAUAAUGAAAUAAACCUCCAACGUCCUCUCUCCGAACCACCAGCCUCACUCCGACGAUCACAGAAGCUAUGGAUAGAUUCCGAGGGCGGGGCGGUUCUGCUCGAACGACCCGGGGCGAUAUCGUCGCUCGUUUCGCCGACGAUCGCGUUCCUGAAGGAUCUCCCGCACGUCGUCGAGGCUGAUCUGGUCAAUUGCGAUGCCGAUACACCGAUGAUAGGGGAUGCUCGUCAGCACCUUUGGGGCCGAACGUCUCUCUCAGCUAGAUGCCAAGUCAAGCUCGCAACAGCUGUUGGACCGCGUUUAAACUCUACACGCCUACCUAUUUGGGUACGUAGGAGCUAUCGAGCUCUCGUGCGUGCAUCUCAUUUGCCUGCUGCAAACUUCUGACGUCGUCGUUGGCGCGGAAAUGUGGGGAAGUGCAGUCGGGGAUUGGAUCGUGACAUCCAUCGUUUGCUUACCCGAACAUGCCGCUUUACACCACAGAUGAUGGGGAAAUGUACAGGGCUUUCAACAAAGGCUCUCUCUCUC